AUGCCUAUAAAGACAGUAGGCGAUGAGUUGUUUUUCGACAUGGCAUACGGAAUAACUACCAGGACUUUCCUUUCCGUCGUGUUCAUGCUUUGGCAAAUUGUAGCCAAUGACGCCACACAUUUCCUGCACUCUCUCGGUCCAUAUUUUGCUCGGUAUAAAUGA